ACAUCGAUACGUCUAUGUUUCUCUUACACCUCUAAGCUGCACAAUAAAUUUAUUGUUUUCUCGACCGAUUGCGAAGAAAAUCUGGAUAUCCGUGGUAGAUAAACAAUGCUGCAGCGCUAGAACCCGGAAAUCGAAGUGAAUACGCGUUUCGGGAGGUUGUAGAUACACCUUGCAGAACGCGAAAAUCGCACUGAAUCAGAAGUCAGCCCACCUGGCAGUGUGUGCGUGCGUGUACGUGAGUGAGAGUGUGCUGUCGCAGUGUGCGUGUGUUUGUGUAAAAAUGAAAAUCAGUCGGAUUUGUAUCGUCGUUGUACGUCUUUUAGGCAUUUAGCCAGGCUUUUACACAUUUCUACAAUUCUUACCAACAGUGGGAGGGACUUUCCCCCCGCACUCACAGGACACGAUACACAUCACAUGCAACACCUGUGCACUCGAAAAACGAUAGACGGAUCUAGCGCGCGGAUUAACUUAACUUAGGAACACGGAUACGGAUUAUACACCAUAGUUUCGGAAAAAUACAUUAGGGAACCGCUUGCUAUGCUGUUUCAUCUCCGCCAGAGAAUCACGACAAUCACCUGCUGAAACACCGAAGACAGCCAGCAGCCCAGAGAACCGAGAAUUUCAUUCACAGAAGCUACGACCGCAGUCGAAAACCGAAACCCGCUUCAAGAUGGCUAUUCCGCCACCCCCGGGACCACCACCGCCGCCAGGACCUCCACCGCCUCCGGCGAUGGGUGGUCUUAAAUUGGGCGGCGCGGGAGGAGCAGACGCCCGAUCUGCACUGCUGAGUUCGAUCCAGAAGGGAACAAAACUGAAGAAGACCACCACGGUGGACAAGAGUGGGCCAGCGCUGUCUGGCAAGGUGUGCGGAGGAGAUGGAGGAGCAGGUAUCGGAGCUAAGCGAACCCUCAACAACAACACCAGCACCAGCAAUCACAACAACAGCAGCAGUAGCAGCAAUGGCCUUGGCAAUGGAACCCCCAAAUUGGGAGGCCUGUUCGAAGGCCUCUCGCAAAUGCCAAAACUGAAGCCCGUGAACGGCAUUCGCGCAACGCCAUCCGCCGGCUCGGCAGCAACAACGACAUCGAAAUCCACAACGAACUCAUCCGCUCAGCAGCGGAGCAACAGCCCCCCCGCCGCGACGAGCGCCUCGAAUGCCAGCAACGGACCCAUGGACUUCAACACGGAGCUCACCAAGCACUUGACGUUGAAGCGCCAAAAACAGCAGCAGCAGCAACAACCACAGCCACCAACCAACAACACACAUAUCAAUGCAACAGAAGCCAAUCUGAGAACAAAUCGGGGACCACCACCGCAACCGCCAAAGUCAGCCAACUCAAAUGAUUCGAUCUUGGAGCGCAUGAACAUCCCCCGCACAGCGCCGACACCCCCCUUCGGCAACAGUUCGAGUGUCAAAGCGGCAUCGCCCACGCUCUCGGACAGCGGCAGCAACAGCAGUGGGAGUGGAGGUGGAAGUGGAAGUGUCAAGAGCAAGGCGGCCAACCUAAAUAUCUCGUUAGGCAAUAGUUUUGUAAAUAGUUCAAAAUCAACCGUGAGUGCCUCGACCGCGUCCUUAAACAGCAGUCUAACCUCCUCGACGGGAUCAGUACGCAAUCUGGCGCCAAAUAAGUCCACUCUAUUUGGUGGCAGCAGUGGCUCUAGUUCCGGUUCGAGUUCUGGUGGUGGUUAUGCAUCUGUGCAUAAAUCCUCGCCACCCUCAACGGCAGAUAGCACGCCGUCGGUGACGCCCACACCGCCACCGCUUCAGCUGCCGAUGAAGCCGGCCAUCAGCUUUGGCAAGCCCAAUUUUGCUCCGAAGCCACCGGGCUUGAAUCAACUGGCGAUGGCCAACGGACAGCAGCGUCCGGCGGUGACCAGGCACCACAGCAUGAAGUCGCCCAGAUCUCCGCCUGCGGCCGGUAUCGUCAACGGCCUUGUGUUCCCCACCCAGCAGCAUUUAGGCACCCUGCGCGGUCCACUGCAGUUCCAUGGCAGCGAAUCCAGCAGCCCCAACACCAGUGCAGGCAGUAUGAGAUGUGCCCCUAACCCGCCAAAGUCCCGCCCAUCGGUAAAACCACCACCGCCACCCACGCCGGCUCGCAGUUUCUCCAACACCAAUCUGAACAAUAUCGGCGGAUCGACGAUGUUCAGUGCGGUGAACACAGCUCUUAUCCAGAGCUCGGCCAUCAGUUCUCAGGCUCCCUCACCGCCAAUUACCCAGCCGCCAUCAUCGUCGAGCAGCAGCAAUAGCGUGGCUGCCCUGCGCGACCAAUUCCGUGGAGGCGCCGGAAUGUCUAACGGAGCACCAUCACCGCCACUGCCGCCGACGCCCGCACCCUCGUCCAAUCCAUCCUCAGCAAGCGCCAGUCCCAAAUCGUUGCUGCGAGACAAUGUCAAACCUAUUAUCCUAAAUGGAGGUCCUCUAAAUCCGCCAGCGCCGCCACCACACCGCAGCUGCCCACCUCCGCCGCCUCCACAGCGACAGUCGAGCAAUCAGGACCGAGUGAAGUACUGGAUAGACAAGACGGUGUACUCCUUUAAGAAGAUACUCCAUAUAAAUCGCCAAGGGAGGCACAGUGGCGAGUCAGUCAAGGUUAUCAAUAUGCUUAACAGCAAGCGCAACGGUGGUUCCGGAUCGGGAUCAGCGCCAGUUCCGCCGCAGCGUCACUCAUCCAUUCGGCCCAACGCCCCAUCGACGCCACCAACGCACAUGGCCAAUGCCUCGCAUCAGUUUGGCAGCAGCUCGGGCUUGUCAUCAGGCUCGGGAGCAGGAGCUGCAGCCAGCGUGGGUCGACUGGUCAACGACUUGGAGACCAAGUUCGGGAAGCGAUUCCACAACGUCACUGAAUUCCCCAAGCCGCCGCCGUUUCUAAAUAUACAAAAAGUCUAUCCUAGUCGCACGUUUAAGGCCACCAAUGCACCCGGAAACAGCAGCGUGAACAACAACAACAACGCGGUGGCAAGCAACAAUAAUACGACCUCGAAUCCUAAUCCUGGCGGGUUCGGAGGAGGAUUAGCUCCAGUGCUAAAGCCGGCGCACGCUCCACUGAAAAAGCAUCGGGCACCGGCUCCACCUCCUCAAGCUGGCGUGGCAGCCGCCACGGUAUCAGUCAUCCGGCAAUCAAGUUUCCUUUACGGCGGAGCGGCAGGUGGUUCCAGUGGCUCCACCAGCAUACGGCCACAGUCCCAGCCACCUGGAAUCGGUCCGCGGAACUCCACCGUCUACUGAACUUAGGGCUUGAUCUGUAUAUACAUAAGUGUGUGCAUGUGGAGUGUGUGUUUGUGGCUCGUUGUUGAUGUAUGUUGUAAGCGGGAGUGUUUUGUGCCACAGGCAAAAGUUCAAAAGUCAAUGAAAAGUGCAAUAAACCAAAUACCAUGGCACACUGAAAAGACCCAAUAGAGAACCUGAAGAAAGGGCAGGCCCAUGCUAAAAAAUCACCGAUAAUUCGUUCGCGUCUUCCCAGGCUGCACUUAAUAAAUGGCUAAAGCAGAGAACAAAAUAAGCCGCACAUAAAAUUUGUAUAUAGAAUUAGCACCAAGUUAGUGAAAUUAAUUACCCAGCUCCAUCUAUACCUUUUAUAGGCGGGUGUAAAUGAUUGUAUGUACAUUUAGGAGCGCGCCUCUUUGCAUAAAUAUCUUACUAGACUGAACAUGUUAAAACCCAACAGCAACAAAUAAUUAAUGUAAUUAUAUACAUACGAUAUUUAGAAUCGACUAUUGUACGACUUAAUCCCCUAGAGCAAUACACACACACAAACAAGAGAAAUAUGUUAACAAUGAAAUACUGAAGCACAACCGAGGGCAUUUCAACGAAACUCGCCACAUUCCAUUUCAAAAUUCUUUAGUUCAAUGUGCAAUACGAGAGUUGGUGUGAUAAUCUCGAAAGUAUUUAGGUAUUAUCUAUCAUCUGUGGUUUUCGGUAAACGUUUGUUAAACUCCUUAUUGGGCGAUAAUUAUUGGAAGUGAACAUAAUGCAUAUUUAUAUUAUUAUCCUUAUUAUUAACUCAAUCAUUGUUG